UUUCAAUUGUACAUUUAUCUGAAUAGUUAUUGACUGACCUGCUGUUGCUAGGAAUCCUGAUAAGCGUAAGCGACUCUUGAUUGCCAUGGAUGUGGCCUUUGGAAUGGAGUAUUUGCAUGGAAAAAAUAUAGUGCACUUUGAUUUGAAGAGUGACAAUUUACUUGUCAAUCUUCGAGAUCCUCACCGCCCAAUAUGCAAGGUUGGUGAUUUGGGCCUAUCAAAGGUGAAAUGUCAAACUCUGAUCUCAGGUGGCGUGCGCGGAACACUUCCAUGGAUGGCAUCAGAACGUCUAAAUGGCAGCAGCAGUCUUGUCUCAGAGAAGGUUUGUGCUUUGCACAUUUUCUAGUACCCUCUAUCAUUUUAUUUUGA